AGGUCCUGGCAGUAAAAUGGCGUAAGAAGUUACCUGAGCCACACGUUGCAUGAGGAAUUUGACCACAAGGCAACACACGAACUUCAUUUUAAUAACUUUACUUCAGUCAUGAGUCUCACAGUAAAACAUCCCAAGGUAUAGUUUUGUAUUAGACCGAAACAUUUAGGACACAACAAUACAAUACGUUGAUUAAGAUGAUGCGCAAUAUUGAUAUGGAGGAGCCGAGUGACUCCCCCCACCACGAACAUCAGUUUGUGGAAUAUCUGGAAGAUGUGGAGUGUCUCAGGAGGAAAAUCAAAUUUUACUUCAUGAACCCCUGUGAGAAGUACCACGCUCGCGGACGAAAACCAUGGAAACUCAUGUUGCAAAUCAUCAAAAUUGCCAUUAUUACUAUCCAGUUAGUGUCUUUCGGGCUGAGCAACCAGAUGGUUGUCUUGUUCACUGAGGAAAAUCUGAGCACAUUCAAGAACCUCUUCUUGAAAGAUUAUGAUGGAGACAUGGAUAGUUAUGCUGUCUACAGACAGGCGGACGUUUAUGAUCACAUCGAUUACAUCCUGGUACAGUAUGGAGAUCUGCACAGCCUCACAGUGGGGAAUCAGGAAUAUGAUAAAAAUUACCCCAUGUCAGUGUGUCAGGAGUUCUACAAGAACUCCACCAUCUCCCCGGGCAACGAGACCUUUGACAUUGAUAUCCACGUGAUAAAUGAUUGCUUUAAUGUUUAUCCGAUGGAGCAUCUAACAUUGCGGAAAGCACUUCCACAUUUCAAAUUGCAUUUCAAAAGGAUGCUUUCUGUCAAGAUCACAUUUGUCCUUAAGGCAAUAAAUUUACAGACAGUGAGAUAUCGAGAGAUGCCAGACUGCUACGACUUUACUAUUAUUAUAACUUUCGACAACCAAGUGCACAGCGGCAGGAUAAAGGUUGACCUGGAAAGCGAUGUUGAAAUCAAUGAAUGCCGAGACUUGAAAGUAACUGGAGCAUCUGCUAGAAACAUACACCCGACGGUGCUGUUUGACUGCCUCGUCAUUAUAACGUGCAUCGCCUCCUUUGCCCUCUGCACACGCUCAGUGAUCAAUGGGAUUCAACUGCAGUUUGAGUACACAGACUACUGCAAGAAACAUUGUGGAUGUCAAGUCCCGUGGUCGGACAGGCUGGAGUUUUUGAAUGGUUGGUACAUCCUCAUCAUGGUUACCGACAUAUUGAACAUCAUUGGCUCCAUUCUCAAGAUAGAGAUCCAGACUAAGGUCCUCACUAAUUACGAUGUCUGCAGCAUCUUCCUUGGGACCGGUACCAUGUUUGUCUGGAUCGGUAUCAUCCGCUACAUGGGCUACUUUAGGAAGUAUAAUAUUCUCAUCCUGACGAUGAGGGCGGGGUUCCCAAAUGUAAUCCGUUUCAUCUGCUGUGCUGGAAUAAUCUACAUGAGUUACUGCUUCUGUGGCUGGAUUGUCCUGGGCCCAUAUCAUGAGAAGUUUCGGACCUUGAAUAUGGUGUCGGAGUGUCUGUUCUCCCUAAUCAACGGAGACGACAUGUUCGCCACCUUUUUGGAGAUGAAGCAAAAGAGCCUCUUGGUGUGGCUCUUCAGCAGGAUCUACCUCUAUACCUUCAUCUCGCUCUUUAUCUACAUGAUCCUCAACCUUUUCAUCACAAUCAUCGCCGACACCUAUUACACAGUGAAGAGGCAGAGUGGAAAGCCGAGAUCAGAGCUGCAAAGAUUCAUAUCGCUCUGUAAAGAUCUGCCGAAUUCUGGAAUGUACAGAUGUGAAGAGAACAAAGGCUUCUUCUUGAACGACUGCAUUACCAGGUGCAGGAAUCAUCAGGACAGGCUGUCUUCAGAGGCAUAAAAGGCAUUCAAUGUGUAUAUAUUAAAAAGAUCAUAGUUUAAUAUAUGAGUAUAUUCAGUCCUAAAACAACUUUUAACAUUAUGCCACUGGUUUCUUCUACAUUAUGCCACUGGUUUCCUCAAGAGAUUGAUUUCAUGUGAAGCAGCAGUUUUUCAGUGCUGAAAUGACACUAAUGAAGUUGACGCACAAAGCACUUUUAAAAUCCACUUAUUUAUACGCAUAUGAGAUUGUGACAUGUCAUUUGGCAAUGUUGUACACUGAGGUUAAAUCAAGGUUGAAUAAAUGAGUGAACUGU